AACGUUCCUCAACACGACAGGAUCAACAAGUGAUUGUGACACCAUGUUACAAAAACAAUUUCCUCUUUGGUUUUACCACCAUGUGCAAAAUGAUAUGACAGACCAUCCACGAUGGGUUCGUGCUUUAUCAGGAUUUCCUUCACCCUAUGUGACAACUUACCAGACGCUUAAUAUAAAUGGUUAUAAGUUUAACACUGCUGCACGAUCUGAAGACAGAGCAACCUCAAACUGUGGGGUUAUGGUGAAUUGCACAAGUUAUGAUGGAUCAACACUUGAAUACUAUGGCUUAAUACAAGAGAUAAUUCAGUUGGAAUAUCAAGAUUACAAGGUGAUCGUUUUCAAAUGUGAAUGGUUUGAACCUUCUAAUAGAGGUACACGAGUCCAUCCACAAUACAAGAUAGUUGACGUGAACAUACAAUAUCGAUUACGUGGUGCAGAUUGCUACAUUUUAGCAUCCCAGGCCGAUCAGGUUGUUUACGUGUCAUAUCCAAGUGCAAAGAAAAGGGUCAACAGAUGGUUUUCUGUUGUUCAAUGCAUGCCAAGAGCUUUUGUGGAAAAAGACGGGGGAGGAGAUUCAAAUGACGAGGAGGAACCAUCACAAGAGUAUCAAGAAAAUGAACCUGGAAUAUCAUUCCAAAUUGAGUUAGAUUUUUCAGAGCUACAAAGAAAUGAUGGCCACUCAAGUCAAUUGCUGACAUCCACUACUCCCGUGUACAUGGACGAUGCAUUAGAUGGAACGUAUGAUAAUGAGCC